AUGAGUGUGAUUCACUCCAGUCAACUGAUUUGCCGUAGAAUUGUGACAACAUUCUGUCUCAUUGGUCUGAUCUCUGGCUUUACAUGUCUAUCUGUUGGAAAUCAAGCCUUGUCAUCACCGCGACAGUCAUCAUCAUCAUCAUCAUUGUCACCAUCACAAUCAUUGAUGAUAGCAUUAUUAAAUCAUACUAAAGAAUGGUCGUCAUUAAAACUGAAUGAUGAUAUCUACUCUAGGAAUCAUGAAAUAGUAAAACGACAAGAUAUUAUGAGUCAGUUACAAAAGCGAGCUACCAGUGAUUUAGUGAAACAAAACAUUGAUAAGAGACAAAUAGAUACCAUUAGCACAAACACUAUAUACACAGAAAAUGUAAACGUUACAAAUACUACAACCACAAGUACAAAUACCAACACACAGCCGCCAACAACCACACAAGAGCAAUUCACAUACACAUCUCAACCAUCAACACAAACAGAAACACCAACAACACAAACAACCACAACCACACUAAUGACAACGCAAACACCAACGCAAACGCCGACAACACCAUCACCCACUGCCACCACUCCUCAAGCGACUACGGAAACGUCAACGCCACAAACAACAACAGCGACUCAACCGCCCACGACAACAACAAUGUCACCGACACCGUCAACAAUCAUCACAACGCAACAACAAACACCCACACCCACAGACACUACAACCACACACAGCACAACUCAGCCCAUGACAAGCACACCACAAACAACAACAACAGAAACACCCACGACAACAGCAACAACACCAACAAACACGCCGACUGCAACAACCACACCAUCGCCAACAUCAACGUCGACAACACCGCCGCCAACAACGCCAACACCGACUGAUUCCACUACUCAAUCCACCACGGCCGCCGCCGCCACCACCACUACCGCCAUCAUCACAACCACUCCAACACCCGCUCCAACCACCGUCACAACACCCACACCCACAACCACAAUAGAACAGACAACACCUACACCAACACCAACAACAACACCGACACCAAUGUCGACGCCAGCGCCAACUACAACUGCUACACCAACGCCUACAACUGUCACCACUCAGGCGGCCACAACCACAUCUCAACCAUCAACACAAACAGAAACACCAACAACACAAACAACCACAACCACACUAAUGACAACGCAAACACCAACGCAAACGCCGACAACACCAUCACCCACUGCCACCACUCCUCAAGCGACUACGGAAACGUCAACGCCACAAACAACAACAGCGACUCAACCGCCCACGACAACAACAAUGUCACCGACACCGUCAACAAUCAUCACAACGCAACAACAAACACCCACACCCACAGACACUACAACCACACACAGCACAACUCAGCCCAUGACAAGCACACCACAAACAACAACAACAGAAACACCCACGACAACAGCAACAACACCAACAAACACGCCGACUGCAACAACCACACCAUCGCCAACAUCAACGUCGACAACACCGCCGCCAACAACGCCAACACCGACUGAUUCCACUACUCAAUCCACCACGGCCGCCGCCGCCACCACCACUACCGCCAUCAUCACAACCACUCCAACACCCGCUCCAACCACCGUCACAACACCCACACCCACAACCACAAUAGAACAGACAACACCUACACCAACACCAACAACAACACCGACACCAAUGUCGACGCCAGCGCCAACUACAACUGCUACACCAACGCCUACAACUGUCACCACUCAGGCGGCCACAACCACAUCUCAACCAUCAACACAAACAGAAACACCAACAACACAAACAACCACAACCACACUAAUGACAACGCAAACACCAACGCAAACGCCGACAACACCAUCACCCACUGCCACCACUCCUCAAGCGACUACGGAAACGUCAACGCCACAAACAACAACAGCGACUCAACCGCCCACGACAACAACAAUGUCACCGACACCGUCAACAAUCAUCACAACGCAACAACAAACACCCACACCCACAGACACUACAACCACACACAGCACAACUCAGCCCAUGACAAGCACACCACAAACAACAACAACAGAAACACCCACGACAACAGCAACAACACCAACAAACACGCCGACUGCAACAACCACACCAUCGCCAACAUCAACGUCGACAACACCGCCGCCAACAACGCCAACACCGACUGAUUCCACUACUCAAUCCACCACGGCCGCCGCCGCCACCACCACUACCGCCAUCAUCACAACCACUCCAACACCCGCUCCAACCACCGUCACAACACCCACACCCACAACCACAAUAGAACAGACAACACCUACACCAACACCAACAACAACACCGACACCAAUGUCGACGCCAGCGCCAACUACAACUGCUACACCAACGCCUACAACUGUCACCACUCAGGCGGCCACAACCACAUCUCAACCAUCAACACAAACAGAAACACCAACAACACAAACAACCACAACCACACUGAUGACAACGCAAACACCAACGCAAACGCCGACAACACCAUCACCCACUGCCACCACUCCUCAAGCGACUACGGAAACGUCAACGCCACAAACAACAACAGCGACUCAACCGCCCACGACAACAACAAUGUCACCGACACCGUCAACAAUCAUCACAACGCAACAACAAACACCCACACCCACAGACACUACAACCACACACAGCACAACUCAGCCCAUGACAAGCACACCACAAACAACAACAACAGAAACACCCACGACAACAGCAACAACACCAACAAACACGCCGACUGCAACAACCACACCAUCGCCAACAUCAACGUCGACAACACCGCCGCCAACAACGCCAACACCGACUGAUUCCACUACUCAAUCCACCACGGCCGCCGCCGCCACCACCACUACCGCCAUCAUCACAACCACUCCAACACCCGCUCCAACCACCGUCACAACACCCACACCCACAACCACAAUAGAACAGACAACACCUACACCAACACCAACAACAACACCGACACCAAUGUCGACGCCAGCGCCAACUACAACUGCUACACCAACGCCUACAACUGUCACCACUCAGGCGGCCACAACCACAUCUCAACCAUCAACACAAACAGAAACACCAACAACACAAACAACCACAACCACACUGAUGACAACGCAAACACCAACGCAAACGCCGACAACACCAUCACCCACUGCCACCACUCCUCAAGCGACUACGGAAACGUCAACGCCACAAACAACAACAGCGACUCAACCGCCCACGACAACAACAAUGUCACCGACACCGUCAACAAUCAUCACAACGCAACAACAAACACCCACACCCACAGACACUACAACCACACACAGCACAACUCAGCCCAUGACAAGCACACCACAAACAACAACAACAGAAACACCCACGACAACAGCAACAACACCAACAAACACGCCGACUGCAACAACCACACCAUCGCCAACAUCAACGUCGACAACACCGCCGCCAACAACGCCAACACCGACUGAUUCCACUACUCAAUCCACCACGGCCGCCGCCGCCACCACCACUACCGCCAUCAUCACAACCACUCCAACACCCGCUCCAACCACCGUCACAACACCCACACCCACAACCACAAUAGAACAGACAACACCUACACCAACACCAACAACAACACCGACACCAAUGUCGACGCCAGCGCCAACUACAACUGCUACACCAACGCCUACAACUGUCACCACUCAGGCGGCCACAACCACAUCUCAACCAUCAACACAAACAGAAACACCAACAACACAAACAACCACAACCACACUAAUGACAACGCAAACACCAACGCAAACGCCGACAACACCAUCACCCACUGCCACCACUCCUCAAGCGACUACGGAAACGUCAACGCCACAAACAACAACAGCGACUCAACCGCCCACGACAACAACAAUGUCACCGACACCGUCAACAAUCAUCACAACGCAACAACAAACACCCACACCCACAGACACUACAACCACACACAGCACAACUCAGCCCAUGACAAGCACACCACAAACAACAACAACAGAAACACCCACGACAACAGCAACAACACCAACAAACACGCCGACUGCAACAACCACACCAUCGCCAACAUCAACGUCGACAACACCGCCGCCAACAACGCCAACACCGACUGAUUCCACUACUCAAUCCACCACGGCCGCCGCCGCCACCACCACUACCGCCAUCAUCACAACCACUCCAACACCCGCUCCAACCACCGUCACAACACCCACACCCACAACCACAAUAGAACAGACAACACCUACACCAACACCAACAACAACACCGACACCAAUGUCGACGCCAGCGCCAACUACAACUGCUACACCAACGCCUACAACUGUCACCACUCAGGCGGCCACAACCACAUCUCAACCAUCAACACAAACAGAAACACCAACAACACAAACAACCACAACCACACUAAUGACAACGCAAACACCAACGCAAACGCCGACAACACCAUCACCCACUGCCACCACUCCUCAAGCGACUACGGAAACGUCAACGCCACAAACAACAACAGCGACUCAACCGCCCACGACAACAACAAUGUCACCGACACCGUCAACAAUCAUCACAACGCAACAACAAACACCCACACCCACAGACACUACAACCACACACAGCACAACUCAGCCCAUGACAAGCACACCACAAACAACAACAACAGAAACACCCACGACAACAGCAACAACACCAACAAACACGCCGACUGCAACAACCACACCAUCGCCAACAUCAACGUCGACAACACCGCCGCCAACAACGCCAACACCGACUGAUUCCACUACUCAAUCCACCACGGCCGCCGCCGCCACCACCACUACCGCCAUCAUCACAACCACUCCAACACCCGCUCCAACCACCGUCACAACACCCACACCCACAACCACAAUAGAACAGACAACACCUACACCAACACCAACAACAACACCGACACCAAUGUCGACGCCAGCGCCAACUACAACUGCUACACCAACGCCUACAACUGUCACCACUCAGGCGGCCACAACCACAUCUCAACCAUCAACACAAACAGAAACACCAACAACACAAACAACCACAACCACACUAAUGACAACGCAAACACCAACGCAAACGCCGACAACACCAUCACCCACUGCCACCACUCCUCAAGCGACUACGGAAACGUCAACGCCACAAACAACAACAGCGACUCAACCGCCCACGACAACAACAAUGUCACCGACACCGUCAACAAUCAUCACAACGCAACAACAAACACCCACACCCACAGACACUACAACCACACACAGCACAACUCAGCCCAUGACAAGCACACCACAAACAACAACAACAGAAACACCCACGACAACAGCAACAACACCAACAAACACGCCGACUGCAACGACCACACCAUCGCCAACAUCAACGUCGACAACACCGCCGCCAACAACGCCAACACCGACUGAUUCCACUACUCAAUCCACCACGGCCGCCGCCGCCACCACCACUACCGCCAUCAUCACAACCACUCCAACACCCGCUCCAACCACCGUCACAACACCCACACCCACAACCACAAUAGAACAGACAACACCUACACCAACACCAACAACAACACCGACACCAAUGUCGACGCCAGCGCCAACUACAACUGCUACACCAACGCCUACAACUGUCACCACUCAGGCGGCCACAACCACAUCUCAACCAUCAACACAAACAGAAACACCAACAACACAAACAACCACAACCACACUAAUGACAACGCAAACACCAACGCAAACGCCGACAACACCAUCACCCACUGCCACCACUCCUCAAGCGACUACGGAAACGUCAACGCCACAAACAACAACAGCGACUCAACCGCCCACGACAACAACAAUGUCACCGACACCGUCAACAAUCAUCACAACGCAACAACAAACACCCACACCCACAGACACUACAACCACACACAGCACAACUCAGCCCAUGACAAGCACACCACAAACAACAACAACAGAAACACCCACGACAACAGCAACAACACCAACAAACACGCCGACUGCAACAACCACACCAUCGCCAACAUCAACGUCGACAACACCGCCGCCAACAACGCCAACACCGACUGAUUCCACUACUCAAUCCACCACGGCCGCCGCCGCCACCACCACUACCGCCAUCAUCACAACCACUCCAACACCCGCUCCAACCACCGUCACAACACCCACACCCACAACCACAAUAGAACAGACAACACCUACACCAACACCAACAACAACACCGACACCAAUGUCGACGCCAGCGCCAACUACAACUGCUACACCAACGCCUACAACUGUCACCACUCAGGCGGCCACAACCACAUCUCAACCAUCAACACAAACAGAAACACCAACAACACAAACAACCACAACCACACUAAUGACAACGCAAACACCAACGCAAACGCCGACAACACCAUCACCCACUGCCACCACUCCUCAAGCGACUACGGAAACGUCAACGCCACAAACAACAACAGCGACUCAACCGCCCACGACAACAACAAUGUCACCGACACCGUCAACAAUCAUCACAACGCAACAACAAACACCCACACCCACAGACACUACAACCACACACAGCACAACUCAGCCCAUGACAAGCACACCACAAACAACAACAACAGAAACACCCACGACAACAGCAACAACACCAACAAACACGCCGACUGCAACGACCACACCAUCGCCAACAUCAACGUCGACAACACCGCCGCCAACAACGCCAACACCGACUGAUUCCACUACUCAAUCCACCACGGCCGCCGCCGCCACCACCACUACCGCCAUCAUCACAACCACUCCAACACCCGCUCCAACCACCGUCACAACACCCACACCCACAACCACAAUAGAACAGACAACACCUACACCAACACCAACAACAACACCGACACCAAUGUCGACGCCAGCGCCAACUACAACUGCUACACCAACGCCUACAACUGUCACCACUCAGGCGGCCACAACCACAUCUCAACCAUCAACACAAACAGAAACACCAACAACACAAACAACCACAACCACACUAAUGACAACGCAAACACCAACGCAAACGCCGACAACACCAUCACCCACUGCCACCACUCCUCAAGCGACUACGGAAACGUCAACGCCACAAACAACAACAGCGACUCAACCGCCCACGACAACAACAAUGUCACCGACACCGUCAACAAUCAUCACAACGCAACAACAAACACCCACACCCACAGACACUACAACCACACACAGCACAACUCAGCCCAUGACAAGCACACCACAAACAACAACAACAGAAACACCCACGACAACAGCAACAACACCAACAAACACGCCGACUGCAACAACCACACCAUCGCCAACAUCAACGUCGACAACACCGCCGCCAACAACGCCAACACCGACUGAUUCCACUACUCAAUCCACCACGGCCGCCGCCGCCACCACCACUACCGCCAUCAUCACAACCACUCCAACACCCGCUCCAACCACCGUCACAACACCCACACCCACAACCACAAUAGAACAGACAACACCUACACCAACACCAACAACAACACCGACACCAAUGUCGACGCCAGCGCCAACUACAACUGCUACACCAACGCCUACAACUGUCACCACUCAGGCGGCCACAACCACAUCUCAACCAUCAACACAAACAGAAACACCAACAACACAAACAACCACAACCACACUAAUGACAACGCAAACACCAACGCAAACGCCGACAACACCAUCACCCACUGCCACCACUCCUCAAGCGACUACGGAAACGUCAACGCCACAAACAACCACAGCGACUCAACCGCCCACGACAACAACAAUGUCACCGACACCGUCAACAAUCAUCACAACGCAACAACAAACACCCACACCCACAGACACUACAACCACACACAGCACAACUCAGCCCAUGACAAGCACACCACAAACAACAACAACAGAAACACCCACGACAACAGCAACAACACCAACAAACACGCCGACUGCAACGACCACACCAUCGCCAACAUCAACGUCGACAACACCGCCGCCAACAACGCCAACACCGACUGAUUCCACUACUCAAUCCACCACGGCCGCCGCCGCCACCACCACUACCGCCAUCAUCACAACCACUCCAACACCCGCUCCAACCACCGUCACAACACCCACACCCACAACCACAAUAGAACAGACAACACCUACACCAACACCAACAACAACACCGACACCAAUGUCGACGCCAGCGCCAACUACAACUGCUACACCAACGCCUACAACUGUCACCACUCAGGCGGCCACAACCACAUCUCAACCAUCAACACAAACAGAAACACCAACAACACAAACAACCACAACCACACUAAUGACAACGCAAACACCAACGCAAACGCCGACAACACCAUCACCCACUGCCACCACUCCUCAAGCGACUACGGAAACGUCAACGCCACAAACAACAACAGCGACUCAACCGCCCACGACAACAACAAUGUCACCGACACCGUCAACAAUCAUCACAACGCAACAACAAACACCCACACCCACAGACACUACAACCACACACAGCACAACUCAGCCCAUGACAAGCACACCACAAACAACAACAACAGAAACACCCACGACAACAGCAACAACACCAACAAACACGCCGACUGCAACAACCACACCAUCGCCAACAUCAACGUCGACAACACCGCCGCCAACAACGCCAACACCGACUGAUUCCACUACUCAAUCCACCACGGCCGCCGCCGCCACCACCACUACCGCCAUCAUCACAACCACUCCAACACCCGCUCCAACCACCGUCACAACACCCACACCCACAACCACAAUAGAACAGACAACACCUACACCAACACCAACAACAACACCGACACCAAUGUCGACGCCAGCGCCAACUACAACUGCUACACCAACGCCUACAACUGUCACCACUCAGGCGGCCACAACCACAUCUCAACCAUCAACACAAACAGAAACACCAACAACACAAACAACCACAACCACACUAAUGACAACGCAAACACCAACGCAAACGCCGACAACACCAUCACCCACUGCCACCACUCCUCAAGCGACUACGGAAACGUCAACGCCACAAACAACAACAGCGACUCAACCGCCCACGACAACAACAAUGUCACCGACACCGUCAACAAUCAUCACAACGCAACAACAAACACCCACACCCACAGACACUACAACCACACACAGCACAACUCAGCCCAUGACAAGCACACCACAAACAACAACAACAGAAACACCCACGACAACAGCAACAACACCAACAAACACGCCGACUGCAACGACCACACCAUCGCCAACAUCAACGUCGACAACACCGCCGCCAACAACGCCAACACCGACUGAUUCCACUACUCAAUCCACCACGGCCGCCGCCGCCACCACCACUACCGCCAUCAUCACAACCACUCCAACACCCGCUCCAACCACCGUCACAACACCCACACCCACAACCACAAUAGAACAGACAACACCUACACCAACACCAACAACAACACCGACACCAAUGUCGACGCCAGCGCCAACUACAACUGCUACACCAACGCCUACAACUGUCACCACUCAGGCGGCCACAACCACAUCUCAACCAUCAACACAAACAGAAACACCAACAACACAAACAACCACAACCACACUAAUGACAACGCAAACACCAACGCAAACGCCGACAACACCAUCACCCACUGCCACCACUCCUCAAGCGACUACGGAAACGUCAACGCCACAAACAACAACAGCGACUCAACCGCCCACGACAACAACAAUGUCACCGACACCGUCAACAAUCAUCACAACGCAACAACAAACACCCACACCCACAGACACUACAACCACACACAGCACAACUCAGCCCAUGACAAGCACACCACAAACAACAACAACAGAAACACCCACGACAACAGCAACAACACCAACAAACACGCCGACUGCAACAACCACACCAUCGCCAACAUCAACGUCGACAACACCGCCGCCAACAACGCCAACACCGACUGAUUCCACUACUCAAUCCACCACGGCCGCCGCCGCCACUACCACUACCGCCAUCAUCACAACCACUCCAACACCCGCUCCAACCACCGUCACAACACCCACACCCACAACCACAAUAGAACAGACAACACCUACACCAACACCAACAACAACACCGACACCAAUGUCGACGCCAGCGCCAACUACAACUGCUACACCAACGCCUACAACUGUCACCACUCAGGCGGCCACAACCACAUCUCAACCAUCAACACAAACAGAAACACCAACAACACAAACAACCACAACCACACUAAUGACAACGCAAACACCAACGCAAACGCCGACAACACCAUCACCCACUGCCACCACUCCUCAAGCGACUACGGAAACGUCAACGCCACAAACAACAACAGCGACUCAACCGCCCACGACAACAACAAUGUCACCGACACCGUCAACAAUCAUCACAACGCAACAACAAACACCCACACCCACAGACACUACAACCACACACAGCACAACUCAGCCCAUGACAAGCACACCACAAACAACAACAACAGAAACACCCACGACAACAGCAACAACACCAACAAACACGCCGACUGCAACGACCACACCAUCGCCAACAUCAACGUCGACAACACCGCCGCCAACAACGCCAACACCGACUGAUUCCACUACUCAAUCCACCACGGCCGCCGCCGCCACCACCACUACCGCCAUCAUCACAACCACUCCAACACCCGCUCCAACCACCGUCACAACACCCACACCCACAACCACAAUAGAACAGACAACACCUACACCAACACCAACAACAACACCGACACCAAUGUCGACGCCAGCGCCAACUACAACUGCUACACCAACGCCUACAACUGUCACCACUCAGGCGGCCACAACCACAUCUCAACCAUCAACACAAACAGAAACACCAACAACACAAACAACCACAACCACACUAAUGACAACGCAAACACCAACGCAAACGCCGACAACACCAUCACCCACUGCCACCACUCCUCAAGCGACUACGGAAACGUCAACGCCACAAACAACAACAGCGACUCAACCGCCCACGACAACAACAAUGUCACCGACACCGUCAACAAUCAUCACAACGCAACAACAAACACCCACACCCACAGACACUACAACCACACACAGCACAACUCAGCCCAUGACAAGCACACCACAAACAACAACAACAGAAACACCCACGACAACAGCAACAACACCAACAAACACGCCGACUGCAACAACCACACCAUCGCCAACAUCAACGUCGACAACACCGCCGCCAACAACGCCAACACCGACUGAUUCCACUACUCAAUCCACCACGGCCGCCGCCGCCACCACCACUACCGCCAUCAUCACAACCACUCCAACACCCGCUCCAACCACCGUCACAACACCCACACCCACAACCACAAUAGAACAGACAACACCUACACCAACACCAACAACAACACCGACACCAAUGUCGACGCCAGCGCCAACUACAACUGCUACACCAACGCCUACAACUGUCACCACUCAGGCGGCCACAACCACAUCUCAACCAUCAACACAAACAGAAACACCAACAACACAAACAACCACAACCACACUAAUGACAACGCAAACACCAACGCAAACGCCGACAACACCAUCACCCACUGCCACCACUCCUCAAGCGACUACGGAAACGUCAACGCCACAAACAACAACAGCGACUCAACCGCCCACGACAACAACAAUGUCACCGACACCGUCAACAAUCAUCACAACGCAACAACAAACACCCACACCCACAGACACUACAACCACACACAGCACAACUCAGCCCAUGACAAGCACACCACAAACAACAACAACAGAAACACCCACGACAACAGCAACAACACCAACAAACACGCCGACUGCAACGACCACACCAUCGCCAACAUCAACGUCGACAACACCGCCGCCAACAACGCCAACACCGACUGAUUCCACUACUCAAUCCACCACGGCCGCCGCCGCCACCACCACUACCGCCAUCAUCACAACCACUCCAACACCCGCUCCAACCACCGUCACAACACCCACACCCACAACCACAAUAGAACAGACAACACCUACACCAACACCAACAACAACACCGACACCAAUGUCGACGCCAGCGCCAACUACAACUGCUACACCAACGCCUACAACUGUCACCACUCAGGCGGCCACAACCACAUCUCAACCAUCAACACAAACAGAAACACCAACAACACAAACAACCACAACCACACUAAUGACAACGCAAACACCAACGCAAACGCCGACAACACCAUCACCCACUGCCACCACUCCUCAAGCGACUACGGAAACGUCAACGCCACAAACAACAACAGCGACUCAACCGCCCACGACAACAACAAUGUCACCGACACCGUCAACAAUCAUCACAACGCAACAACAAACACCCACACCCACAGACACUACAACCACACACAGCACAACUCAGCCCAUGACAAGCACACCACAAACAACAACAACAGAAACACCCACGACAACAGCAACAACACCAACAAACACGCCGACUGCAACAACCACACCAUCGCCAACAUCAACGUCGACAACACCGCCGCCAACAACGCCAACACCGACUGAUUCCACUACUCAAUCCACCACGGCCGCCGCCGCCACUACCACUACCGCCAUCAUCACAACCACUCCAACACCCGCUCCAACCACCGUCACAACACCCACACCCACAACCACAAUAGAACAGACAACACCUACACCAACACCAACAACAACACCGACACCAAUGUCGACGCCAGCGCCAACUACAACUGCUACACCAACGCCUACAACUGUCACCACUCAGGCGGCCACAACCACAUCUCAACCAUCAACACAAACAGAAACACCAACAACACAAACAACCACAACCACACUAAUGACAACGCAAACACCAACGCAAACGCCGACAACACCAUCACCCACUGCCACCACUCCUCAAGCGACUACGGAAACGUCAACGCCACAAACAACAACAGCGACUCAACCGCCCACGACAACAACAAUGUCACCGACACCGUCAACAAUCAUCACAACGCAACAACAAACACCCACACCCACAGACACUACAACCACACACAGCACAACUCAGCCCAUGACAAGCACACCACAAACAACAACAACAGAAACACCCACGACAACAGCAACAACACCAACAAACACGCCGACUGCAACAACCACACCAUCGCCAACAUCAACGUCGACAACACCGCCGCCAACAACGCCAACACCGACUGAUUCCACUACUCAAUCCACCACGGCCGCCGCCGCCACUACCACUACCGCCAUCAUCACAACCACUCCAACACCCGCUCCAAUCUCCGUCACAACACCUAUACCUUCAACAUUUACUGUGAUUUUUAGGACUUCCACCAGUGUUAUCGCUUCUGUGUCUGUUUCCAGAGUCUAUUGGAUUGAGUCAACUAUAAAUCAUCAAAAUAAUAAUUCAGCAAUCGCAUGGAAUCCUGCUUAUGCCGAUAAAACAACAACGAAUUAUAUUAAUCUGGCUAAAACAUACUGUGAUUUGCUUAUCUCAAUUAUACAAAUAGCUCCUCUUACAGCUAAUAAAGCCAAGGCAUGCAUAGAUGUCACAUUUUCACCUAGACAAGUAACAGUUAUCUGGGAGAAACGUCAAGCUGCUACAGGCAAUGCAACUGAAAAUGUUGUCGGUGGUAAUGCUACAAUCCAGUUGAAUACAACACAAGCUGAUGUUUUGAGUACAGAUGAUUUUACAAAUAAUUUUGUUACAACCUACAAUACUACUAAUACGACAUCAACUAUACAAUUAUUUGAUGUACAAAUUGGACUAACAACCCAAACAACAACGACAACAACAACCAUUGCAUCAACAGACACCACAAACACAGCAACCAAAACCACAAUAACAAAUGCAUCAAUCAAUACAAAUACACAGACUGACACAACACAAACAACAACAACACCAACUAACAUAUCAACACUAUCGACACAAUCAACACCAACACCAACAUCAAUAUCAACAUCACCUAACGUCACUGUCACCACACUCACACCAACCACUUCAUUCACAUCCAGUAGUUCACCGACGGACACAACACAAACAACAACAACACCAACUAACAUAUCAACACUAUCGACACAAUCAACACCAACACCAACAUCAAUAUCAACAUCACCUAACGUCACUGUCACCACACUCACACCAACCACUUCAUUCACAUCCAGUAGUACACCGACGGACACAACACAAACAACAACAACACCAACUAACAUAUCAACACUAUCGACACAAUCAACACCAACACCAACAUCAAUAUCAACAUCACCUAACGUCACUGUCACCACACUCACACCAACCACUUCAUUCACAUCCAGUAGUACACCGACGGACACAACACAAACAACAACAACACCAACUAACAUAUCAACACUAUCGACACAAUCAACACCAACACCAACAUCAAUAUCAACAUCACCUAACGUCACUGUCACCACACUCACACCAACCACUUCAUUCACAUCCAGUAGUACACCGACGGACACAACACAAACAACAACAACACCAACUAACAUAUCAACACUAUCGACACAAUCAACACCAACACCAACAUCAAUAUCAACAUCACCUAACGUCACUGUCACCACACUCACACCAACCACUUCAUUCACAUCCAGUAGUACACCGACGGACACAACACAAACAACAACAACACCAACUAACAUAUCAACACUAUCGACACAAUCAACACCAACACCAACAUCAAUACCAACAUCACCUAACGUCACUGUCACCACACUCACACCAACCACUUCAUUCACAUCCAGUAGUACACCGACGGACACAACACAAACAACAACAACACCAACUAACAUAUCAACACUAUCGACACAAUCAACACCAACACCAACAUCAAUAUCAACAUCACCUAACGUCACUGUCACCACACUCACACCAACCACUUCAUUCACAUCCAGUAGUUCACCGACGGACACAACACAAACAACAACAACACCAACUAACAUAUCAACACUAUCGACACAAUCAACACCAACACCAACAUCAAUAUCAACAUCACCUAACGUCACUGUCACCACACUCACACCAACCACUUCAUUCACAUCCAGUAGUACACCGACGGACACAACACAAACAACAACAACACCAACUAACAUAUCAACACUAUCGACACAAUCAACACCAACAUCAACAUCAAUAUCAACAUCACCUAACGUCACUGUCACCACACUCACACCAACCACUUCAUUCACAUCCAGUAGUACACCGACGGACACAACACAAACAACAACAACACCAACUAACAUAUCAACACUAUCGACACAAUCAACACCAACACCAACAUCGAUAUCAACAUCACCUAACGUCACUGUCACCACACUCACACCAACCACUUCAUUCACAUCCAGUAGUUCACCGACGGACACAACACAAACAACAACAACACCAACUAACAUAUCAACACUAUCGACACAAUCAACACCAACACCAACAUCAAUAUCAACAUCACCUAACGUCACUGUCACCACACUCACACCAACCACUUCAUUCACAUCCAGUAGUUCACCGACGGACACAACACAAACAACAACAACACCAACUAACAUAUCAACACUAUCGACACAAUCAACACCAACACCAACAUCAAUAUCAACAUCACCUAACGUCACUGUCACCACACUCACACCAACCACUUCAUUCACAUCCAGUAGUACACCGACGGACACAACACAAACAACAACAACACCAACUAACAUAUCAACACUAUCGACACAAUCAACACCAACACCAACAUCAAUAUCAACAUCACCUAACGUCACUGUCACCACACUCACACCAACCACUUCAUUCACAUCCAGUAGUACACCGACGGACACAACACAAACAACAACAACACCAACUAACAUAUCAACACUAUCGACACAAUCAACACCAACACCAACAUCAAUAUCAACAUCACCUAACGUCACUGUCACCACACUCACACCAACCACUUCAUUCACAUCCAGUAGUACACCGACGGACACAACACAAACAACAACAACACCAACUAACAUAUCAACACUAUCGACACAAUCAACACCAACACCAACAUCAAUAUCAACAUCACCUAACGUCACUGUCACCACACUCACACCAACCACUUCAUUCACAUCCAGUAGUUCACCGACGGACACAACACAAACAACAACAACACCAACUAACAUAUCAACACUAUCGACACAAUCAACACCAACACCAACAUCAAUAUCAACAUCACCUAACGUCACUGUCAACACACUCACACCAACCACUUCAUUCACAUCCAGUAGUUCACCGACGGACACAACACAAACAACAACAACACCAACUAACAUAUCAACACUAUCGACACAAUCAACACCAACACCAACAUCAAUAUCAACAUCACCUAACGUCACUGUCAACACACUCACACCAACCACUUCAUUCACAUCCAGUAGUACACCGACGGACACAACACAAACAACAACAACACCAACUAACAUAUCAACACUAUCGACACAAUCAACACCAACACCAACAUCAAUAUCAACAUCACCUAACGUCACUGUCACCACACUCACACCAACCACUUCAUUCACAUCCAGUAGUACACCGACGGACACAACACAAACAACAACAACACCAACUAACAUAUCAACACUAUCGACACAAUCAACACCAACACCAACAUCAAUAUCAACAUCACCUAACGUCACUGUCACCACACUCACACCAACCACUUCAUUCACAUCCAGUAGUACGCCGACGGACACAACACAAACAACAACAACACCAACUAACAUAUCAACACUAUCGACACAAUCAACACCAACACCAACAUCAAUAUCAACAUCACCUAACGUCACUGUCGCCACACUCACACCAACCACUUCAUUCACAUCCAGUAGUACACCGACGGACACAACACAAACAACAACAACACCAACUAACAUAUCAACACUAUCGACACAAUCAACACCAACACCAACAUCAAUAUCAACAUCACCUAACGUCACUGUCACCACACUCACACCAACCACUUCAUUCACAUCCAGUAGUACACCGACGGACACAACACAAACAACAACAACACCAACUAACAUAUCAACACUAUCGACACAAUCAACACCAACACCAACAUCAAUAUCAACAUCACCUAACGUCACUGUCACCACACUCACACCAACCACUUCAUUCACAUCCAGUAGUUCACCGACGGACACAACACAAACAACAACAACACCAACUAACAUAUCAACACUAUCGACACAAUCAACACCAACACCAACAUCAAUAUCAACAUCACCUAACGUCACUGUCACCACACUCACACCAACCACUUCAUUCACAUCCAGUAGUUCACCGACGGACACAACACAAACAACAACAACACCAACUAACAUAUCAACACUAUCGACACAAUCAACACCAACACCAACAUCAAUAUCAACAUCACCUAACGUCACUGUCACCACACUCACACCAACCACUUCAUUCACAUCCAGUAGUACACCGACGGACACAACACAAACAACAACAACACCAACUAACAUAUCAACACUAUCGACACAAUCAACACCAACACCAACAUCAAUAUCAACAUCACCUAACGUCACUGUCACCACACUCACACCAACCACUUCAUUCACAUCCAGUAGUACACCGACGGACACAACACAAACAACAACAACACCAACUAACAUAUCAACACUAUCGACACAAUCAACACCAACACCAACAUCAAUAUCAACAUCACCUAACGUCACUGUCACCACACUCACACCAACCACUUCAUUCACAUCCGGUAGUACACCGACGGACACAACACAAACAACAACAACACCAACUAACAUAUCAACACUAUCGACACAAUCAACACCAACACCAACAUCGAUAUCAACAUCACCUAACGUCACUGUCACCACACUCACACCAACCACUUCAUUCACAUCCAGUAGUUCACCGACGGACACAACACAAACAACAACAACACCAACUAACAUAUCAACACUAUCGACACAAUCAACACCAACACCAACAUCAAUAUCAACAUCACCUAACGUCACUGUCAACACACUCACACCAACCACUUCAUUCACAUCCAGUAGUUCACCGACGGACACAACACAAACAACAACAACACCAACUAACAUAUCAACACUAUCGACACAAUCAACACCAACACCAACAUCAGUAUCAACAUCACCUAACGUCACUGUCAACACACUCACACCAACCACUUCAUUCACAUCCAGUAGUACACCGACGGACACAACACAAACAACAACAACACCAACUAACAUAUCAACACUAUCGACACAAUCAACACCAACACCAACAUCAAUAUCAACAUCACCUAACGUCACUGUCACCACACUCACACCAACCACUUCAUUCACAUCCAGUAGUACACCGACGGACACAACACAAACAACAACAACACCAACUAACAUAUCAACACUAUCGACACAAUCAACACCAACACCAACAUCAAUAUCAACAUCACCUAACGUCACUGUCACCACACUCACACCAACCACUUCAUUCACAUCCAGUAGUACACCGACGGACACAACACAAACAACAACAACACCAACUAACAUAUCAACACUAUCGACACAAUCAACACCAACACCAACAUCAAUAUCAACAUCACCUAACGUCACUGUCACCACACUCACACCAACCACUUCAUUCACAUCCAGUAGUUCACCGACGGACACAACACAAACAACAACAACACCAACUAACAUAUCAACACUAUCGACACAAUCAACACCAACACCAACAUCAAUAUCAACAUCACCUAACGUCACUGUCAACACACUCACACCAACCACUUCAUUCACAUCCAGUAGUUCACCGACGGACACAACACAAACAACAACAACACCAACUAACAUAUCAACACUAUCGACACAAUCAACACCAACACCAACAUCAAUAUCAACAUCACCUAACGUCACUGUCAACACACUCACACCAACCACUUCAUUCACAUCCAGUAGUACACCGACGGACACAACACAAACAACAACAACACCAACUAACAUAUCAACACUAUCGACACAAUCAACACCAACACCAACAUCAAUAUCAACAUCACCUAACGUCACUGUCACCACACUCACACCAACCACUUCAUUCACAUCCAGUAGUACACCGACGGACACAACACAAACAACAACAACACCAACUAACAUAUCAACACUAUCGACACAAUCAACACCAACACCAACAUCAAUAUCAACAUCACCUAACGUCACUGUCACCACACUCACACCAACCACUUCAUUCACAUCCAGUAGUUCACCGACGGACACAACACAAACAACAACAACACCAACUAACAUAUCAACACUAUCGACACAAUCAACACCAACACCAACAUCAAUAUCAACAUCACCUAACGUCACUGUCACCACACUCACACCAACCACUUCAUUCACAUCCAGUAGUACACCGACGGACACAACACAAACAACAACAACACCAACUAACAUAUCAACACUAUCGACACAAUCAACACCAACACCAACAUCAAUAUCAACAUCACCUAACGUCACUGUCACCACACUCACACCAACCACUUCAUUCACAUCCAGUAGUACACCGACGGACACAACACAAACAAUAACAACACCAACUAACAUAUCAACACUAUCGACACAAUCAACACCAACACCAACAUCAAUAUCAACAUCACCUAACGUCACUGUCACCACACUCACACCAACCACUUCAUUCACAUCCAGUAGUACACCGACGGACACAACACAAACAACAACAACACCAACUAACAUAUCAACACUAUCGACACAAUCAACACCAACACCAACAUCAAUAUCAACAUCACCUAACGUCACUGUCACCACACUCACACCAACCACUUCAUUCACAUCCAGUAGUACACCGACGGACACAACACAAACAACAACAACACCAACUAACAUAUCAACACUAUCGACACAAUCAACGCCAACACCAACAUCAAUAUCAACAUCACCUAACGUCACUGUCACCACACUCACACCAACCACUUCAUUCACAUCCAGUAGUACACCGACGGACACAACACAAACAACAACAACACCAACUAACAUAUCAACACUAUCGACACAAUCAACACCAACACCAACAUCAAUAUCAACAUCACCUAACGUCACUGUCACCACACUCACACCAACCACUUCAUUCACAUCCAGUAGUACACCGACGGACACAACACAAACAACAACAACACCAACUAACAUAUCAACACUAUCGACACAAUCAACACCAACACCAACAUCAAUAUCAACAUCACCUAACGUCACUGUCACCACACUCACACCAACCACUUCAUUCACAUCCAGUAGUACACCGACGGACACAACACAAACAACAACAACACCAACUAACAUAUCAACACUAUCGACACAAUCAACACCAACACCAACAUCAAUAUCAACAUCACCUAACGUCACUGUCACCACACUCACACCAACCACUUCAUUCACAUCCAGUAGUACACCGACGGACACAACACAAACAACAACAACACCAACUAACAUAUCAACACUAUCGACACAAUCAACACCAACACCAACAUCAAUAUCAACAUCACCUAACGUCACUGUCACCACACUCACACCAACCACUUCAUUCACAUCCAGUAGUACACCGACGGACACAACACAAACAACAACAACACCAACUAACAUAUCAACACUAUCGACACAAUCAACACCAACACCAACAUCAAUAUCAACAUCACCUAACGUCACUGUCGCCACACUCACACCAACCACUUCAUUCACAUCCAGUAGUACACCGACGGACACAACACAAACAACAACAACACCAACUAACAUAUCAACACUAUCGACACAAUCAACACCAACACCAACAUCAAUAUCAACAUCACCUAACGUCACUGUCACCACACUCACACCAACCACUUCAUUCACAUCCAGUAGUACACCGACGGACACAACACAAACAACAACAACACCAACUAACAUAUCAACACUAUCGACACAAUCAACACCAACACCAACAUCAAUAUCAACAUCACCUAACGUCACUGUCACCACACUCACACCAACCACUUCAUUCACAUCCAGUAGUACACCGACGGACACAACACAAACAACAACAACACCAACUAACAUAUCAACACUAUCGACACAAUCAACACCAACACCAACAUCAAUAUCAACAUCACCUAACGUCACUGUCACCACACUCACACCAACCACUUCAUUCACAUCCAGUAGUACACCGACGGACACAACACAAACAACAACAACACCAACUAACAUAUCAACACUAUCGACACAAUCAACACCAACACCAACAUCAAUAUCAACAUCACCUAACGUCACUGUCACCACACUCACACCAACCACUUCAUUCACAUCCAGUAGUACACCGACGGACACAACACAAACAACAACAACACCAACUAACAUAUCAACACUAUCGACACAAUCAACACCAACACCAACAUCAAUAUCAACAUCACCUAACGUCACUGUCACCACACUCACACCAACCACUUCAUUCACAUCCAGUAGUACACCGACGGACACAACACAAACAACAACAACACCAACUAACAUAUCAACAAUAUCGACACAAUCAACACCAACACCAACAUCAAUAUCAACAUCACCUAACGUCACUGUCAACACACUCACACCAACCACUUCAUUCACAUCCAGUAGUACACCGACGGACACAACACAAACAACAACAACACCAACUAACAUAUCAACACUAUCGACACAAUCAACACCAACACCAACAUCAAUAUCAACAUCACCUAACGUCACUGUCACCACACUCACACCAACCACUUCAUUCACAUCCAGUAGUACACCGACGGACACAACACAAACAACAACAACACCAACUAACAUAUCAACACUAUCGACACAAUCAACACCAACACCAACAUCAAUAUCAACAUCACCUAACGUCACUGUCAACACACUCACACCAACCACUUCAUUCACAUCCAGUAGUACACCGACGGACACAACACAAACAACAACAACACCAACUAACAUAUCAACACUAUCGACACAAUCAACACCAACACCAACAUCAAUAUCAACAUCACCUAACGUCACUGUCACCACACUCACACCAACCACUUCAUUCACAUCCAGUAGUACACCGACGGACACAACACAAACAACAACAACACCAACUAACAUAUCAACACUAUCGACACAAUCAACACCAACACCAACAUCAAUAUCAACAUCACCUAACGUCACUGUCACCACACUCACACCAACCACUUCAUUCACAUCCAGUAGUACACCGACGGACACAACACAAACAACAACAACACCAACUAACAUAUCAACACUAUCGACACAAUCAACGCCAACACCAACAUCAAUAUCAACAUCACCUAACGUCACUGUCACCACACUCACACCAACCACUUCAUUCACAUCCAGUAGUACACCGACGGACACAACACAAACAACAACAACACCAACUAACAUAUCAACACUAUCGACACAAUCGACACCAACACCAACAUCAAUAUCAACAUCACCUAACGUCACUGUCACCACACUCACACCAACCACUUCAUUCACAUCCAGUAGUACACCGACGGACACAACACAAACAACAACAACACCAACUAACAUAUCAACACUAUCGACACAAUCAACGCCAACACCAACAUCAAUAUCAACAUCACCUAACGUCACUGUCACCACACUCACACCAACCACUUCAUUCACAUCCAGUAGUACACCGACGGACACAACACAAACAACAACAACACCAACUAACAUAUCAACACUAUCGACACAAUCAACACCAACACCAACAUCAAUAUCAACAUCACCUAACGUCACUGUCACCACACUCACACCAACCACUUCAUUCACAUCCAGUAGUACACCGACGGACACAACACAAACAACAACAACACCAACUAACAUAUCAACACUAUCGACACAAUCAACACCAACACCAACAUCAAUAUCAACAUCACCUAACGUCACUGUCACCACACUCACACCAACCACUUCAUUCACAUCCAGUAGUACACCGACGGACACAACACAAACAACAACAACACCAACUAACAUAUCAACACUAUCGACACAAUCAACACCAACACCAACAUCAAUAUCAACAUCACCUAACGUCACUGUCACCACACUCACACCAACCACUUCAUUCACAUCCAGUAGUACACCGACGGACACAACACAAACAACAACAACACCAACUAACAUAUCAACACUAUCGACACAAUCAACACCAACACCAACAUCAAUAUCAACAUCACCUAACGUCACUGUCACCACACUCACACCAACCACUUCAUUCACAUCCAGUAGUACACCGACGGACACAACACAAACAACAACAACACCAACUAACAUAUCAACACUAUCGACACAAUCAACACCAACACCAACAUCAAUAUCAACAUCACCUAACGUCACUGUCACCACACUCACACCAACCACUUCAUUCACAUCCAGUAGUACACCGACGGACACAACACAAAUAACACUUACAUCAAUAUCUUCAUCACCUGCUGUCACUCUACUUGGUUCCUCUCCUACUCCUUCUUUCUCACCGAUUGUGUCAUCGUCAGACACCAGCACAAAAAAGGAAAUAUCAACAAUCACCACCACCACAUUUACUACAGAAAUAAACUCCAACACUACGACCACGCUAACAUCCACACUUUCAUCACUCUCGCCAACACCAUCACCACAAUCGACAUCAACGUCACCCACGUCUCCGGCGACAUCACCAAUCGCAACACAAAACGCAUCAGCUACACCAACACCAAUACUCAUAUCCACAACAUCACCGACAGCCACACCCACACCCACACCCACAGCCACACUCACAGCCACACCAACGGCCACGGCCACGGCCACGGGAACACCAGUCACCGCUAACACAACUGCUUCCUCGCCAAUCUCUCCACAAACACAGACACCGACAACUCCUCAAAUACAGACGUCGUCAACACCUAAUGCGACAACACCGACUCCUCAAACACAAUCACCCCCUAUCGCAAUCGCAAACAUCUCCUCCACUCCACAAUUAACCGGAUCAACACCUACACUACCAACAACCACACUCACCUCUCAAACAUCAUCGCCCACACAAGAACUCUCCUCAGCCAAUCAAACAUCAAUAACAUCAACACCUUCAUCACUCUCGCCAACACCAUCACCACAAUCGACAUCAACGUCACCCACGUCUCCGGCGACAUCACCAAUCGCAACACAAAACGCAUCAGCUACACCAACACCAAUACUCAUAUCCACAACAUCACCGACAGCCACACCCACACCCACACUCACAGCCACACUCACAGCCACACCAACGGCCACGGCCACGGCCACGGGAACACCAGUCACCGCUAACACAACUGCUUCCUCGCCAAUCUCUCCACAAACACAGACACCGACAACUCCUCAAAUACAGACGUCGUCAACACCUAAUGCGACAACACCGACUCCUCAAACACAAUCACCCCCUAUCGCAAUCGCAAACAUCUCCUCCACUCCACAAUUAACCGGAUCAACACCUACACUACCAACAACCACACUCACCUCUCAAACAUCAUCGCCCACACAAGAACUCUCCUCAGCCAAUCAAACAUCAAUAACAUCAACACCUUCAUCACUCUCGCCAACACCAUCACCACAAUCGACAUCAACGUCACCCACGUCUCCGGCGACAUCACCAAUCGCAACACAAAACGCAUCAGCUACACCAACACCAAUACUCAUAUCAACAACAUCACCGACAGCCACACCCACACCCACACUCACAGCCACACUCACAGCCACACCAACGGCCACGGGAACACCAGUCACCGCUAACACAACUGCUUCCUCGCCAAUCUCUCCACAAACACAGACACCGACAACUCCUCAAAUACAGACGUCGUCAACACCUAAUGCGACAACACCGACUCCUCAAACACAAUCACCCCCUAUCGCAAUCGCAAACAUCUCCUCCACUCCACAAUUAACCGGAUCAACACCUACACUACCAACAACCACACUCACCUCUCAAACAUCAUCGCCCACACAAGAACUCUCCUCAGCCAAUCAAACAUCAAUAACAUCAACACCUUCAUCACUCUCGCCAACACCAUCACCACAAUCGACAUCAACGUCACCCACGUCUCCGGCGACAUCACCAAUCGCAACACAAAACGCAUCAGCUACACCAACACCAAUACUCAUAUCCACAACAUCACCGACAGCCACACCCACACCCACACUCACAGCCACACCAACGGCCACGGCCACGGCCACGGGAACACCAGUCACCGCUAACACAACUGCUUCCUCGCCAAUCUCUCCACAAACACAGACACCGACAACUCCUCAAAUACAGACGUCGUCAACACCUAAUGCGACAACACCGACUCCUCAAACACAAUCACCCCCUAUCGCAAUCGCAAACAUCUCCUCCACUCCACAAUUAACCGGAUCAACACCUACACUACCAACAACCACACUCACCUCUCAAACAUCAUCGCCCACACAAGAACUCUCCUCAGCCAAUCAAACAUCAAUAACAUCAACACCUUCAUCACUCUCGCCAACACCAUCACCACAAUCGACAUCAACGUCACCCACGUCUCCGGCGACAUCACCAAUCGCAACACAAAACGCAUCAGCUACACCAACACCAAUACUCAUAUCAACAACAUCACCGACAGCCACACCCACACCCACACUCACAGCCACACUCACAGCCACACCAACGGCCACGGGAACACCAGUCACCGCUAACACAACUGCUUCCUCGCCAAUCUCUCCACAAACACAGACACCGACAACUCCUCAAAUACAGACGUCGUCAACACCUAAUGCGACAACACCGACUCCUCAAACACAAUCACCCCCUAUCGCAAUCGCAAACAUCUCCUCCACUCCACAAUUAACCGGAUCAACACCUACACUACCAACAACCACACUCACCUCUCAAACAUCAUCGCCCACACAAGAACUCUCCUCAGCCAAUCAAACAUCAAUAACAUCAACACCUUCAUCACUCUCGCCAACACCAUCACCACAAUCGACAUCAACGUCACCCACGUCUCCGGCGACAUCACCAAUCGCAACACAAAACGCAUCAGCUACACCAACACCAAUACUCAUAUCAACAACAUCACCGACAGCCACACCCACACCCACACUCACAGCCACACUCACAGCCACACCAACGGCCACGGGAACACCAGUCACCGCUAACACAACUGCUUCCUCGCCAAUCUCUCCACAAACACAGACACCGACAACUCCUCAAAUACAGACGUCGUCAACACCUAAUGCGACAACACCGACUCCUCAAACACAAUCACCCCCUAUCGCAAUCGCAAACAUCUCCUCCACUCCACAAUUAACCGGAUCAACACCUACACUACCAACAACCACACUCACCUCUCAAACAUCAUCGCCCACACAAGAACUCUCCUCAGCCAAUCAAACAUCAAUAACAUCAACACCUUCAUCACUCUCGCCAACACCAUCACCACAAUCGACAUCAACGUCACCCACGUCUCCGGCGACAUCACCAAUCGCAACACAAAACGCAUCAGCUACACCAACACCAAUACUCAUAUCCACAACAUCACCGACAGCCACACCCACACCCACACUCACAGCCACACCCACAGCCACACUCACAGCCACAGUCACAGCCACACCAACGGCCACGGCCACGGCCACGGGAACACCAGUCACCGCUAACACAACUGCUUCCUCGCCAAUCUCUCCACAAACACAGACACCGACAACUCCUCAAAUACAGACGUCGUCAACACCUAAUGCGACAACACCGACUCCUCAAACACAAUCACCCCCUAUCGCAAUCGCAAACAUCUCCUCCACUCCACAAUUAACCGGAUCAACACCUACACUACCAACAACCACACUCACCUCUCAAACAUCAUCGCCCACACAAGAACUCUCCUCAGCCAAUCAAACAUCAAUAACAUCAACACCUUCAUCACUCUCGCCAACACCAUCACCACAAUCGACAUCAACGUCACCCACGUCUCCGGCGACAUCACCAAUCGCAACACAAAACGCAUCAGCUACACCAACACCAAUACUCAUAUCCACAACAUCACCGACAGCCACACCCACACCCACACUCACAGCCACACUCACAGCCACACCAACGGCCACGGCCACGGCCACGGGAACACCAGUCACCGCUAACACAACUGCUUCCUCACCAAUCUCUCCACAAACACAGACACCGACAACUCCUCAAAUACAGACGUCGUCAACACCUAAUGCGACAACACCGACUCCUCAAACACAAUCACCCCCUAUCGCAAUCGCAAACAUCUCCUCCACUCCACAAUUAACCGGAUCAACACCUACACUACCAACAACCACACUCACCUCUCAAACAUCAUCGCCCACACAAGAACUCUCCUCAGCCAAUCAAACAUCAAUAACAUCAACACCUUCAUCACUCUCGCCAACACCAUCACCACAAUCGACAUCAACGUCACCCACGUCUCCGGCGACAUCACCAAUCGCAACACAAAACGCAUCAGCUACACCAACACCAAUACUCAUAUCCACAACAUCACCGACAGCCACACCCACACCCACACUCACAGCCACACUCACAGCCACACCAACGGCCACGGCCACGGCCACGGGAACACCAGUCACCGCUAACACAACUGCUUCCUCGCCAAUCUCUCCACAAACACAGACACCGACAACUCCUCAAAUACAGACGUCGUCAACACCUAAUGCGACAACACCGACUCCUCAAACACAAUCACCCCCUAUCGCAAUCGCAAACAUCUCCUCCACUCCACAAUUAACCGGAUCAACACCUACACUACCAACAACCACACUCACCUCUCAAACAUCAUCGCCCACACAAGAACUCUCCUCAGCCAAUCAAACAUCAAUAACAUCAACACCUUCAUCACUCUCGCCAACACCAUCACCACAAUCGACAUCAACGUCACCCACGUCUCCGGCGACAUCACCAAUCGCAACACAAAACGCAUCAGCUACACCAACACCAAUACUCAUAUCCACAACAUCACCGACAGCCACACCCACACCCACACUCACAGCCACACCCACAGUCACAGUCACACCAACAGCCACGGCCACGGCCACGGGAACACCAGUCACCGCUAACACAACUGCUUCCUCACCAAUCUCUCCACAAACACAGACACCGACAACUCCUCAAAUACAGACGUCGUCAACACCUAAUGCGACAACACCGACUCCUCAAACACAAUCACCCCCUAUCGCAAUCGCAAACAUCUCCUCCACUCCACAAUUAACCGGAUCAACACCUACACUACCAACAACCACACUCACCUCUCAAACAUCAUCGCCCACACAAGAACUCUCCUCAGCCAAUCAAACAUCAAUAACAUCAACACCUUCAUCACUCUCGCCAACACCAUCACCACAAUCGACAUCAACGUCACCCACGUCUCCGGCGACAUCACCAAUCGCAACACAAAACGCAUCAGCUACACCAACACCAAUACUCAUAUCCACAACAUCACCGACAGCCACACCCACACCCACACUCACAGCCACACUCACAGCCACACCAACGGCCACGGCCACGGCCACGGGAACACCAGUCACCGCUAACACAACUGCUUCCUCGCCAAUCUCUCCACAAACACAGACACCGACAACUCCUCAAAUACAGACGUCGUCAACACCUAAUGCGACAACACCGACUCCUCAAACACAAUCACCCCCUAUCGCAAUCGCAAACAUCUCCUCCACUCCACAAUUAACCGGAUCAACACCUACACUACCAACAACCACACUCACCUCUCAAACAUCAUCGCCCACACAAGAACUCUCCUCAGCCAAUCAAACAUCAAUAACAUCAACACCUUCAUCACUCUCGCCAACACCAUCACCACAAUCGACAUCAACGUCACCCACGUCUCCGGCGACAUCACCAAUCGCAACACAAAACGCAUCAGCUACACCAACACCAAUACUCAUAUCCACAACAUCACCGACAGCCACACCCACACCCACACUCACAGCCACACUCACAGCCACACCAACGGCCACGGCCACGGCCACGGGAACACCAGUCACCGCUAACACAACUGCUUCCUCGCCAAUCUCUCCACAAACACAGACACCGACAACUCCUCAAAUACAGACGUCGUCAACACCUAAUGCGACAACACCGACUCCUCAAACACAAUCACCCCCUAUCGCAAUCGCAAACAUCUCCUCCACUCCACAAUUAACCGGAUCAACACCUACACUACCAACAACCACACUCACCUCUCAAACAUCAUCGCCCACACAAGAACUCUCCUCAGCCAAUCAAACAUCAAUAACAUCAACACCUUCAUCACUCUCGCCAACACCAUCACCACAAUCGACAUCAACGUCACCCACGUCUCCGGCGACAUCACCAAUCGCAACACAAAACGCAUCAGCUACACCAACACCAAUACUCAUAUCCACAACAUCACCGACAGCCACACCCACACCCACACUCACAGCCACACCCACAGUCACAGUCACACCAACAGCCACGGCCACGGCCACGGGAACACCAGUCACCGCUAACACAACUGCUUCCUCACCAAUCUCUCCACAAACACAGACACCGACAACUCCUCAAAUACAGACGUCGUCAACACCUAAUGCGACAACACCGACUCCUCAAACACAAUCACCCCCUAUCGCAAUCGCAAACAUCUCCUCCACUCCACAAUUAACCGGAUCAACACCUACACUACCAACAACCACACUCACCUCUCAAACAUCAUCGCCCACACAAGAACUCUCCUCAGCCAAUCAAACAUCAAUAACAUCAACACCUUCAUCACUCUCGCCAACACCAUCACCACAAUCGACAUCAACGUCACCCACGUCUCCGGCGACAUCACCAAUCGCAACACAAAACGCAUCAGCUACACCAACACCAAUACUCAUAUCCACAACAUCACCGACAGCCACACCCACACCCACACUCACAGCCACACUCACAGCCACACCAACGGCCACGGCCACGGCCACGGGAACACCAGUCACCGCUAACACAACUGCUUCCUCGCCAAUCUCUCCACAAACACAGACACCGACAACUCCUCAAAUACAGACGUCGUCAACACCUAAUGCGACAACACCGACUCCUCAAACACAAUCACCCCCUAUCGCAAUCGCAAACAUCUCCUCCACUCCACAAUUAACCGGAUCAACACCUACACUACCAACAACCACACUCACCUCUCAAACAUCAUCGCCCACACAAGAACUCUCCUCAGCCAAUCAAACAUCAAUAACAUCAACACCUUCAUCACUCUCGCCAACACCAUCACCACAAUCGACAUCAACGUCACCCACGUCUCCGGCGACAUCACCAAUCGCAACACAAAACGCAUCAGCUACACCAACACCAAUACUCAUAUCCACAACAUCACCGACAGCCACACCCACACCCACACUCACAGCCACACCCACAGCCACACUCACAGCCACAGUCACAGCCACACCAACGGCCACGGCCACGGCCACGGGAACACCAGUCACCGCUAACACAACUGCUUCCUCACCAAUCUCUCCACAAACACAGACACCGACAACUCCUCAAAUACAGACGUCGUCAACACCUAAUGCGACAACACCGACUCCUCAAACACAAUCACCCCCUAUCGCAAUCGCAAACAUCUCCUCCACUCCACAAUUAACCGGAUCAACACCUACACUACCAACAACCACACUCACCUCUCAAACAUCAUCGCCCACACAAGAACUCUCCUCAGCCAAUCAAACAUCAAUAACAUCAACACCUUCAUCACUCUCGCCAACACCAUCACCACAAUCGACAUCAACGUCACCCACGUCUCCGGCGACAUCACCAAUCGCAACACAAAACGCAUCAGCUACACCAACACCAAUACUCAUAUCCACAACAUCACCGACAGCCACACCCACACCCACACUCACAGCCACACUCACAGUCACACCAACGGCCACGGCCACGGCCACGGGAACACCAGUCACCGCUAACACAACUGCUUCCUCGCCAAUCUCUCCACAAACACAGACACCGACAACUCCUCAAAUACAGACGUCGUCAACACCUAAUGCGACAACACCGACUCCUCAAACACAAUCACCCCCUAUCGCAAUCGCAAACAUCUCCUCCACUCCACAAUUAACCGGAUCAACACCUACACUACCAACAACCACACUCACCUCUCAAACAUCAUCGCCCACACAAGAACUCUCCUCAGCCAAUCAAACAUCAAUAACAUCAACACCUUCAUCACUCUCGCCAACACCAUCACCACAAUCGACAUCAACGUCACCCACGUCUCCGGCGACAUCACCAAUCGCAACACAAAACGCAUCAGCUACACCAACACCAAUACUCAUAUCAACAACAUCACCGACAGCCACACCCACACCCACACUCACAGCCACACUCACAGCCACACCAACGGCCACGGCCACGGCCACGGGAACACCAGUCACCGCUAACACAACUGCUUCCUCGCCAAUCUCUCCACAAACACAGACACCGACAACUCCUCAAAUACAGACGUCGUCAACACCUAAUGCGACAACACCGACUCCUCAAACACAAUCACCCCCUAUCGCAAUCGCAAACAUCUCCUCCACUCCACAAUUAACCGGAUCAACACCUACACUACCAACAACCUUACUCACCUCUCAGUUUUCGUCACAGAUGCAGGAUUUGUCUUCGGUCACUCAGACGUCGGUAGCGGCUACGCUUUCUACUGCUUCUGCGUCUGCCUUCUCAGCUUCUUCCUCGUCGCAAUCUUUUUCUUCGUCUGUUUUUCAACCAGAACCUGAAGAUACCGUGAGUACAACAGUAGCAUCACCAGCAACAACAACAACAGCAGCAACAGGCAGUAGCAACACUACACUAGCAUCGUCUGCUACAACGCCAACAGUAACAUAUGAUGGAUUUCCCACCUACAGUUUUGUUGAAUUCUCUCUGGCUACCAGACCAGCUACAAGUAUUGUUCCAGUUAUUCUGCCAACUGUUUCAACAUCGUUUGACGUAAAAUCAAGGAUAUACAAUCAAGGCAAUAAUACACCGAUAACAUGGAUAGAUGAUUAUUCAAAUGUCAAUUCACAACCAUAUAAUGAUUUAAAAACAAAAUAUUGUGAUUUAAUAACACAUUAUUUACAACAAGCAUCCAGUGGUGAAACAGACGGUUCAACUUGUCCAAGUGUCAGUUUUACACCAGUUAGUGUUAUACAACCGGAUGGGAGUGUUGUUCGUGCUGUUCAAGGUGAUGCUGUAAUCAAUGUACCAACAACAGCUGGAUCACAACUUACUAGUAGUCAAUUAUAUUCAUUGUUAGUUCAAGGAUAUAAUCGUACAACAAGUCCAUCAUCAAUUAGACUGGAUGGUUUACAAGCUCAACGUACUUCAGGUACAAUUACAUGUGCUCAAGUCACUAAACCCUGCGGGGAUCAUGCUACAUGUCGAGAUGUACCACCUGGUAUCUCAUGCUUUUGUAAUUCAAUGUGGAGAGAUGCAAAUCCUAGAGAUCCUGGAAAACAAUGUGUCUUACAUCCAGCUGCAAUUGCAUUGAUAGCUCUAGCUUCAUUAUUGCUACUAGCUGCGCUUAUAUUACUCAUAGUCUGUUUACUACGUAGACGUCGAAGAAAGCGUAGUGCAAUAUUAACUUCAACAGAAUUGGCUUCUAUGAAUAAUUGGAGAUUGAAUGGAGGAGGUAGAGGUACCCUCCCAGAUGAAAUAAAUGGAUCACUUCCACCUAUGGAUAUGCCACGUGCUUCAGUACCAGGCGGUCUACCUGGAGAUCUGAUCGAUUUACCGCAAAUUCCAUCUUCCCCAGUUCCAUCGGGUAUGAUAGCGCCACCUGUUGCAAUGUCAUAUCCACAAACAGGAAUGGGAAUGCCUCUCGCUCCUGUUGGAGGGAUCAUGGGUGGUAGUUUACUUGCCACUGGCCUGUCACAAAUUCCUGCAUCGACACUUCCAAUAGCUGCAUCAGCCUACCCUGUCGCAGCGACUAGACUUAAUAUACCAGCUAACGUAUAUAGUGGUAUGCCACAGAUACCUUCAUCGCCCGUCCCUUCACAGCCUAUUUCAAUGCCUGAGUACUCAAUGCAGCAGAACUAUCCGAGUAAUUUCACUGGAGGUUUUCAACAAUUUCCUACAGCGUCGUAUCCACAAACAGGAAUGGGAAUGCCUCUCGCUCCUGUUGGAGGGAUCAUGGGAGGCAGUUUACUUGGUACUGGUCUGUCACAGAUUCCUGCAUCGCCCGUUCCUCCACAGCCUAUUUCAAUGCCUCAACCAUUAAUCGAACGAGACUAUCCGAGUAAUUUUACUGGAGGUCUUCAACAAGCACCUUUGUCGCCAAAUAUGCCAAGAGGUAUGGGAAUGCCACUUGCUCCAGUUGGAGGUAUCAUGGGAAGCAGUUUCAUUGGCACUGGUCUGUCACAAAUUCCUGCAUCGUGA